CCGCUCACCCGAGCGAGCGAGCUCAGGCUGUCCGCAACGCCAGAGGUGCGGGCAGCCCCGGGCACUGCAUCGGCACGAAGGGUCCAUAUGCCAGUGUCCCCCUGUCAUGACAAGGAGCCUUCGACUUUAGGACUACCAACCAGACUCCCAGAAAUCAUGUUGGUAGGAUCCCAGUCCUUUUCACCUGGAGGGCCCAAUGGGAUCAUUAGAAGCCAGUCCUUCGCGGGUUUCAGUGGCCUUCAGGAAAGGCGAUCCAGGUGUAAUUCCUUCAUUGAAAAUUCCUCAGCUCUUAAGAAGCCUCAGGCCAAACUGAAGAAAAUGCACAAUUUAGGACACAAAAACAACAACCUUCCCAAAGAGCCUCAGCCUAAAAGGGUGGAGGAGGUCUACAGGGCCUUGAAAAAUGGACUUGAUGAAUAUCUGGAGGUUCACCAGACAGAGCUGGACAAGUUGACAGCUCAGUUAAAAGAUAUGAAAAGAAACUCUCGCCUGGGUGUGCUGUAUGACCUAGACAAGCAAAUUAAAACCAUUGAAAGAUACAUGAGACGCCUGGAGUUUCACAUCAGUAAGGUAGAUGAACUCUAUGAAGCUUACUGUAUCCAAAGACGCCUCCAAGAUGGUGCCAGCAAAAUGAAGCAAGCCUUUGCAAAUUCCCCUGCCAGCAAGGCUGCCCGAGAGAGUCUGUCAGAGAUCAAUCGGAGCUACAAAGAGUACACAGAGAAUAUGUGCACCAUUGAAGCGGAGCUAGAGAAUCUGCUGGGGGAAUUCUCCAUCAGGAUGAAAGGUCUGGCUGGCUUUGCUCGCCUGUGUCCUGGAGAUCAAUAUGAAAUUUUCAUGAAGUAUGGUCGACAGAGGUGGAAGCUGAAAGGCAAAAUAGAAGUAAACGGCAAGCAGAGCUGGGACGGAGAAGAAAUGGUUUUCCUGCCCCUGAUAGUUGGGUUCAUUUCCAUCAAGGUCACAGAGCUCAAAGGCCUGGCAACUCACAUCCUGGUGGGCAGCGUGACCUGCGAGACCAAAGAGCUGUUUGCAGCACGACCUCAGGUGGUGGCUGUUGACAUCAAUGACCUUGGCACCAUCAAGCUGAACCUGGAAAUCACCUGGUAUCCAUUUGACGUGGAGGACAUGACCCCAUCAUCAGGCACUGGGAACAAGGCGGCAGCUCUCCAGAGGAGAAUGUCCAUGUACAGCCAGGGCACCCCGGAAACACCCACCUUCAAAGAUCACUCCUUCUUUUCAAAUCUACCUGAUGACAUCUUUGAAAGUGGAAAGGCAGCUGAGGAGAAAAUGCCACUGUCUCUCAGCUUCAGUGACCUGCCCAAUGGGGACUGCACCCUCACCUCCACCUCAGUUGGCUCUCACUCCAACUCAUGCUCAGCAAAUCCAGAAAUUACCAUCACUCCUGCAGAGCGGAACCACAGCAGCCUGUCCUCCCAGAAUGAGGGCAUGGAUGACACCAGCUCAGCAUCUUCCAGGACCUCCUUGGGAGAAGGCCAAGAGCCAAAGUCACACCUGAAGGAAGGUACGCAGGAGCCUGGGAAACCCACCCCGGCCACGACUGAGGCUUGCUGCCAAUCCACGGGUGCCGGGGUUGAGCGCCUGUUCCUUGAGAAUGGUGUUGCGGAGGCACUUCUGCAAGAGUCCGAUGAGGCCUCUGAACUCAAGCCUGUGGAACUGGACAUGUCUGAAGGAAACAUCACAAAGCAGCUGGUCAAGAGACUCACCUCAGCAGAGGUGCCAGGGGUCACAGAGAGGCUGCUCUUUGAGGGCUCCAUCAGUGGAGAAUCCGAAGGCUGUAGAUCUUUUCUAGAUGGAAGCUUAGAGGAUGCCUUUAAUGGGCUUUUCCUUGUGUUAGAACCACAUAAAGAGCAGUAUAAAGAGUUUCAGGAUCUGAACCAAGAAGUUAUGCAUUUGGAUGAUAUUCUAAAAGGUACUAAACAUCUUGAGGAUCAGAAACUAAAUGAUGCUGCCUCUUGGACGGAGAUCACUGAGGGUGAAUGAGACAACUGUGAUUUAAAAGACUGAAAGGCAUUUUCCCAUGUGCUUUUGUGCCAUCUUGAGUGUCAGAGACAGAUCCCCACGAGAUCCUUCUUACCUUGUGCUGAGAAAUCGGCAAGGAGUGACACCUAACUGGAUGAAGGACAUAUAGUGCUUCUUACUUGCAGGACUUGUCCCGUUCAAUCCACCCCAGCAUCCUCUUGAAUAUUUGGAAAUGCUUUUCUCCAUUUCUGUGCCCAUAGCAACUGGAAUUAUUCUGUUUGUAGUGUUUCUGCUUAUGUCCGGUAAUAUAGAAUUCUCCAGUCUGUAGGAUGGGUUUGUUCUCAUAACUCCAGUUCCUCAUCAGGGAUGUAAUGGGACUUGUUCCUUCAAAGGCAGAGCUCCAGAGGAAGCAGGGCUACUUCUUGUCAUGACUGUGCCAUUCAUUGUCUCCUCGAUGCUUAAAGAAAAAAUUAUACACUGUGAAUAAACAUUAAAUGCACGACUUCUUACCUCGGGAGCAUGAGCUAGGUGAAUUUGAGCAGUUUUCUGUUUCUGGGAUUUGUUUUGUUAGUCCUUUAGAACAGAUGCCUUAGAUAGCUAGCUCCUGUCUCAGGACACUGAGGAUAUUGCCACUUGGAAUUAGAGACUGGUUAGUAUUCAGCUCUAAUUCAGUGACUCAACAUUUGUCUGCUGGUUGUACUUUACUUGGGAAUGAGCAUGAGGCAGAGGGAAUAUAGCUCUGUUUCCCAAGGCUUUCUGGUUGCCGGUUUUUUUGUUAUUUUUUUUUAACAUUCUGUUUUAAAAAUUUCAAGCAGAAGUAGAGAAAAUUAUAUAAUGUAUCCCAACGUGCCCAUUCUCCAACUUCCCCAAACUCAUGGCCAAUCUUGUUUCAUCUAUUCUUAUACCUGUUUACUUGCUUCUGGAUUAUUUUGGAACAAAUCCCAGAUAUUGUACCAAUUUAUCCAUGGUGGUACUUCUUUUUUGAAUAUGAAGAUGAUAAAUGCAUUUUUAAAAUGCCAACAAAAAAUAAAACUUGAAAAAAGAAAAUGUCA